AUGGACCCUGAUGUGCUGGCACCUGGAACCCACUCCUCAUCUUGGGAGAAUACUAGCGAGGCGUCUACUUCUUUGUCAAGACCUGCUCCUCUGCCCCCACACUCUCUGGCUGCAUCCGUGCUCAUCCUGCUGGUGGUCACGCUCAUCAUCCUGGUGACGGUGGUGGGGAACGUGCUGGUUGUUUUGGCCGUCUUUACCAGCCGUGCCUUGCGGGCUCCUCAAAAUCUUUUCCUGGUGUCUCUGGCCUCAGCUGACAUUCUGGUGGCCACACUGGUCAUCCCCUUCUCCUUGGCCAAUGAGGUGAUGGGCUACUGGUAUUUUGGUUCCACCUGGUGCUCUUUCUACCUGGCUCUGGAUGUUCUGUUUUGCACCUCAUCCAUUGUCCAUCUCUGUGCCAUCAGUCUCGACCGUUACUGGUCCGUCACCAAAGCCGUCAGCUACAACCGCAAACGGACACCCAAGAGGAUCAAAGUAAUGAUCAGUGUAGUGUGGCUGAUAUCCAUCGUCAUCUCCUUACCGCCGCUCCUGAUGACGCAGACGGAAGAACAUUCGGACUCGACGGGUGAGGUCCAACACUCGCAGAGGCACGAGUGUCUUCUCAACAACCAGACUUGGUAUAUCCUGUCCUCCUGCCUCGUGUCCUUUUUCGUACCUGGAGUCAUCAUGAUAUUGGUUUACUGUAAGAUAUAUCGAGUUGCCAAGCAACGAGCCUCCACCGUGUUCGUGGCCAAGAACGUGAUGGAGCGCCAACCGUCUCAGUCGGAGACCUGCUUUGGGGCUGCCCCGAGGUCUUUCCCAAGAGAGGGAGCCAAGUGCAAAAAGUUGGACAUCCCACCCCCAGGAGGCAGACACAUCUCUGCCAUCAUAAACGACCGCAAAAGAGAAGACUUGGACCAAAUUGUCUUAGAGGAAAGAGCACGGGAUGGCGACGCGAAGACGUCUUCGCUUUGCGCCUCACUCCGCUUCUCCAGGAGAGCUGCUGGGAAGGACACUGAGGGGCCGGCAAGAAGGUUGAAGCCUCCUCCUCCAUCUUGUGCCUCCAUAUCGUGGGUAUCAUCCGACCACUGCUCCCAGCAUUUCCUCCUCCCUUCUCCUGUGCCGCUUCCAAGGCGACACGCGUCUUUGUCCAAAAGUAAAGUGGCGCAAAUGAGGGAAAAACGCUUCACUUUUGUUCUGGCGGUGGUGAUGGGAGUAUUUGUCCUCUGCUGGUUCCCAUUUUUCUUCACUUACAGUCUGCACGCACUCUGUAGAGACAAAUGUACAAUCCCUGAUGCUCUUUUCAACCUCUUUUUCUGGAUCGGCUACUGCAACAGCUGCCUGAACCCGAUCAUAUACACCAUUUUUAAUAGAGACUUCAGGAAGGCCUUUGAGAGAAUUCUAUUUCACACCCAGAAAUGAUAACAAAUUCUAACACUCAUUUUUCAUCCAUCUUACCACAAGGCUUUGAUUCAAACAUAAAUUAUUUAUUUAUCUCCUACCAACCUAAUAAUUAAUUCAUUGCCAUAAGCAGUAGAAAUGGAUGGAUGGAUGGAAUAAUCAUUUUGUACGUGAUGGAUAAAUUGGAAGGCAGGGUUCUCUGGUAAUAUGAUGGUAUAACGAUUCAUAUGUUAAUCAAUCAAUCAAAGUUUACUUAUAUAGCCCUUAAUCACAAAUGUCUCAAAGGGCUGCACAAGCCGCAACAACAUCUUCGGCUCAGAUCCCAUAUUAGGGCAAGAAAAAACUCAAUGAGAUCAAUGAGAAACCGUGGAAGGUACCACGGUGCAAUGGAUGCCAAGUGGUUCAUCCAAACUUUUUGACUCGGGGGGCCGCAUUGGGCUAUAACAAUUUGGUUUGGGCUGUAUAUAUAUAUAUAUAUAUAUAUAUAUAUAUAUAUUCCUCACGCACUAAUUGACUAAUAGUCGUUAUCAAUGGGAAAAUGCCUUUUUAGACAAUAUGAUGUGCCUGAGUGACUAGGAGACACCUAAAGUAUCAAGUGGUAGAACAUGGAUAAGAAAAGACAGAUUUUUUAAUUUUUUUCCUUUUUUGUUUUUUUUGGACUUCCCGCGGGCCGUAGUUUGGGGACCCCAUGUGUAGUCCAUAGUGGGGCCAGUCACGAGCCCCGUCGAGGCGCAGAGACGUCACCCACUGAUGCAUAAGGAGUGGUCUGCAUCUUCUUUUUUCUUGUCCUGUAGCUUACCCAAAAAUAUAGAUGAAACAUGGCCUGCAUCAGAAGUAGAAAAAACAAUUCUGAGAUGUAAAUAGUGAGAAAAAGUGGAAGGUUGAAUGUUAACAAGACAAGAAGCUAUCAAAUAACGAAGGGUACACCUGUUGACUUAGGUAUACCUUGGUAUUAAGGUCACGGUUCAGUUCCAGUCUAAAUUGGGAUCUGAAGCAGGAUUUAAUUUUGAGACCACUCUCCGAUUUAAUAAAAAUUACAUUUUAUUAUUUCUAUUAAAGGCCUACUGAAACCCACUACUACCCACCACACAGUCUGAUAGUUUAUAUAUCAAGGAUGAAAUCUUAACAUUGCAACACAUGCCAAUACGGCCUUUUUACUUUUACUAAAUUGCAAUUUUAAAUUUCCCGCAAAGUGUCCUGUUGAAAACGUUGCGUGUUUGUUUUACCAUGAAUUGAUUAACGUGGACCCCGACUUAAACAAGUUGAAAAACUUAUUCAGGUGUUACCAUUUAGUUGUCAAUUGUAAGGAAUA